UUCAUUUGGUAAUGCAUUAUGAAACUGUUUUUGAGUUAUUAAAAACUGUAAUAUUCAUUAUUUUGUUUUAAUAAGAGUUCGCCACCUAGUGCUGUGGCAAGUGCUAUCCCACCUCAGACUUGUUUGUGGUUGUGUGGAUUUGAGUUACGGGAAUCAGUCUCUCUACCAAAAAAGUGGGGCUGAGGUACCGUCAAACAUAUAUAAGUGAACAACAUAUAUGUUAAUAUACUUUAUACAAAAACAUGUGCCGGUAGAAGUUGAUUAUUGUGAUGAUAGUUGCCAUUGUGGUAAAAGUUUUUAGGAAUAGCCCUUUUGCAUAAAUAUUGCAUAUCAUUUUAUUUUGGUGGGCAGUUGUGUGUUUAAUUUGUAGUGGAGUCUUCUUCUUCUUCUUCUUCUUCUUCUUCUUCUUCUCUCUCUCUCUCUCUCUCUCUCUCGACUGAUUGUUGAAGUCUUUCCCAAAAUAGCACAACAAUUAAGCGAGUAGAGAAAUCCUAUUAUGCUUUUUCUAUAACGUUCCUUGCUUGGCUAGCCUAUUCUUUAAUUCAAAAAUUGUCUUGUUCUUUUAUUCAAAAUUAUCUUGCACAACCACAAAUUUUGUGUAAUCGCAUUUUCUUAUCAAGCUUUGGACAAACUAUUUGGUAUUUUCCAUUAUUUAUGCAAGUAGUUUAGUAUUAUUUUAAGUCACGGCAUGCUUAUCGUGCUUUACUUUCCACUUAUCUGCAACUUGCAGGCGCAUGAGGCAAAAUUUAUCCAAAAAAUUGUCAAAGUGAUUGAGGAUAAGUUGAACCGCACAGUCUUAAAUGUUGCCCCGUACUUAAUUGGAAUAGGAUCCCGAGUCAAAAACAUUAGUUCGUGGUUACAGGAUGAAUCAACUGAUGUUAGCAUAGCAGUGAUUUAUGGAAUGGGUGGAAUAGGGAAAACAACCAUUGCCAAAUUUGUUUAUAAUUUGAAUUUUGAAAGAUUUGAAGCUAGCAGCUUUCUUGCAAAUGUUAGAGAAAUUUCAGAACGAUCCAAUGGUUUAAUUCGUUUACAAAGGCAACUUCUUUCAGACAUUUUAAAAAGGAAAAAGGAAAAAAUAAGCAGUGUUGAUGAAGGAAUCAUUAAGAUUAAAGAUGCCAUUGGUUGCAAAAGAGUUCUUGUAGUUCUUGAUGAUGUGGAUCAGCGGGACCAGUUUGAUGCAAUAAUUGGAACGCGCAAUUGGUUUCAUCCAGGAAGUAAAAUUAGCUUAACCACCAGGCACAAGCAACUGUUAAAGGCUAAUGAAGUUUAUAUGAUGCAUAAGGUGGAGAGAUUUGAUGAUGAUGAAUCAUUAGAGCUUUUCAGUUGGCAUGCCUUUGGACAAGACCAUCCCAUUGAUUGUUAUGUUGAGCAUUCAAAAAGGGUAGUACAACACUGUGGAGGCCUUCCUUUAGCUCUUCAAGUUUUGGGUUCUUCUCUAUCUGGGAAAAGCUUAAAUAUAUGGGAAAACGCAAUAAAAAAAUUGGCAGCUAUUCCUGAUUCUCAAAUUCUAAAAAAGCUGAAAAUAAGCUAUGAUUCUUUACAAGAUGACCAUGACCAAAAUCUAUUCCUUCAUAUUUCCUGUUUCUUUAUUGGAAAGGGCAAAGAUUUCACUAUUAGAAUCCUAGAUGAAUGUGGUUUCUACCCAACAGUUGGGAUUCAAAAUCUCAUUGACAGAUGUCUCUUAACGAUUAAUGAACAAAACAAAUUGAUGAUAGAAGUUGCUGAUCUAGCAGGGAUGGUCUUACAGAAUCAAGCUGAUGGGCAUGAGGCAAAAUUUAUCCAAAAAAUUGUCAAAGUGAUUGGGGAUAAGUUGAACCGCACAGUCUUAAAUGUUGCUCCCUACUUAAUUGGAAUAGGAUCUCGAGUCAAAAACAUUAGUUCGUGGUUACAGGAUGAAUCAACUGAUGUUGGCAUAGCAGUGAUUUAUGGAAUGGGUGGAAUAGGGAAGACAACCAUUGCCAAAUUUGUUUAUAAUUUGAAUUUUGAAAGAUUUGAAGCUAGCAGCUUUCUUGCAAAUGUUAGAGAAAUUUCAGAACGAUCCAAUGGUUUAAUUCGUUUACAAAGGCAACUUCUUUCGGACAUUUUAAAAAGGAAAAAGGAAAAAAUAAGCAAUGAAGGAAUCAUUAAGAUUAAAGAUGCCAUUGGUUGCAAAAGAGUUCUUGUAGUUCUUGAUGAUGUGGAUCAGCGGGACCAGUUUGAUGCAAUAAUUGGAAUGCGCAAUUGGUUUCAUCCAGGAAGUAAAAUUAUCUUAACCACCAGGCACAAGCAACUUUUAAAGGCUAAUGAAGUUGAUAUGAUGCAUAAGGUGGAGAGAUUUGAUGAUGAUGAAUCAUUAGAGCUUUUCAGUUGGCAUGCCUUUGGACAAGACCAUCCCAUUGAUUGUUAUGUUGAGCAUUCAAAAAGGGUAGUACAACACUGUGGAGGCCUUCCUUUAGCUCUUCAAGUUUUGGGUUCUUCUCUAUCUGGGAAAAGCUUAAAUAUAUGGGAAAACGCAAUAAAAAAAUUGGCGGCUAUUCCUGAUUCUCAAAUUCUAAAAAAGCUGAAAAUAAGCUAUGAUUCUUUACAAGAUGACCAUGACCAAAAUCUAUUCCUUCAUAUUUCUUGCUUCUUUAUUGGAAAGGGCAAAGAUUUCACUAUUGGAAUCCUAGAUGAAUGUGGUUUCUACCCAACAGUUGGGAUUCAAAAUCUCAUUGACAGAUGUCUCUUAACGAUUAAUAAACAAAACAAAUUGAUGAUGCACCACUUGCUUCGAGACAUGGGAAGAGAAAUUGUUCGCCAAGAAUCACCCAAGGAGCCGGGUAAACGCAGCAGAUUAUGGCACAACAAUGAUUCCUUUAACGUUUUGAGAGAUAAAACUGGAACAGAUUCAAUUGAAGGUCUUUUCCUUGACAUGCAUGUGUUAGGGGAAGAUAAUUGUUCCAUGACAAGCUUUGGUGUUAAAAAUGCAAAACGACCCCGCUUUGAAGAACUUAGUAACAAAUCAUUGCUCACAGACCAAGGCAACUCACUGAAACGACAUUGUUUUGGUUUCUUCUUCUGGAACCCAAUAAACAUUGGUGUAAGAAAUUCAAAUCAGGUUGAGUUGGAAACUGAUGCAUUUGCAAGGAUGCACAAACUUAGAUUGCUGCAACUCAAUUAUGUAGAAACCAUGAGAGGGUACAAGGACUUCCCUAAAAGAUUAAGAUGGUUGUGUUGGCAUGGAUUUCCUCUCAAAUCCAUACCGAUUGAUUUUUCUAUAGAGAGCCUAAUUGCUCUUGACUUGCGCAAUAGUAGCUUGGAACAAGUUUGGAAGGGGACCAAGUUGCUGGGAUUAUUGAAAUUCCUCAAUCUCAGUCAUUCCUAUGGCCUCACCAAUACCCCUAACUUCAACGGACUCCCUAAUCUUGAGAAUUUGAUCCUUAAGGAUUGCAUAAACUUGGUAGAGGUUCAUGAAUCAAUAGGGAAAUUAGGGAGGCUUGUCUUGAAUCUAAAAGGUUGCAAAAAUCUUGAGAAGCUUCCAAGCAAAAUUGGUCAUCUUAAAUCCCUUGAAAAACUCAUUCUCUCUGGUUGCUCAAAGCUUGAUCAGUUGCCUGAGUUGGGAAAGAUGAAAUAUUUAUCAGUGCUUCACGCAGAUGGAACUGCCAUAAAUAGAAUAGCAACUACCACUAGUGAGGAUAAAUCAUGGAGUUCUCUCUUCUGGUCUUGGGUAUUGAAACCAAGAAAAAGUACAGAAUCCAUCUAUUUUCCAUUAGCUUCUUUACCAGGCUCAUUAGUAAGCUUAAGCCUUUCAAAUUGCAAUCUGUCAAAUGAUGAUCUUAUGAAAAGUCUUGGUAGCUUAUCUGUGUUGCAAGAUUUGAAUCUUAGUGAGAAUCCAAUUUCUAGCCUACCGGAGAGCAUCAAAGGUCUUAAUGUGCUCCAAUCACUUAGGUUAUCUCGUUGCACUAGACUCCAAUCACUGCCAGAACUUCCAAUGAGUUUAGAAAUGUUGAAUAUAGAUGGAUGUAGCUCGCUGGGAAUGGUAACAAAUCUUCCUAACUUGUUGAGAUCUCUGAUUUUGGACUCAAGUGAUUGUGAAAAACUUGUUGAGGUUCAGGGGAUGUUCAAGUUAGAGCCUAUUGGAAAUGCUGGUACAGAAAUGAUUAACAACUUGGGCCUAGUUGAUUUGGAAUCCAUGGGAAGCCUUGAGGUGGAAUUGGCGAACAACAUGACAUGCACAAGAAAGAAGGGUGCACUUCAGGUUGUGUGUGUGUGUGUGUGUGUGUAUAUGUGUAUAUAUAGUUGUUUGCAUAAUUGAUCGUUAAUGUUAUUUUGAAUACCAUGGCACAGGGACUAUAUGAAUGUGGUAUAUAAGCAUAUUUGUUCCUGGGAAUGAGGUGCCAGGCUGGUGUAGCAAUAAGAGAAAGGGGUCCUCGAUAUCAUUUAAUGUGCCUUUAGUCCCUAAUCUCAAGGUCGUAGCCUUGAAUGUAUAUAUUGUCUAUGCAUUUGCCAAUGAUAUAAGCCUUACAAACUAUCAAUUUGAUUAUAUCAAAAUCAGCAAUAAGACGAAAGGUCUGAAGUGGACCUACAGUCCAAUGUUCAAAGGCGUUCCCAAUGACGACAGUAUGAUAUGGUUUAGCCAUUGGGAAAUAGGGCAUCUUUUGAUGGAAGGUGGCGAUAAAAUGAAUCUCUCUGCGAGUCUUGAUGAUGAGCUUUUUCAGGUAAAGGAAGUUGGAGUCCAGAUUGUGUAUGAUGAGUGUGAAGAGAAAGGUAUUCAACAACACAAUGCCCAUCCUUCUCUUCACAAUGUCAUGAAUGUUGGAGAUUUAUCCGAAUAUCAUGUAAGAACAGGCUCGUACUUUCUAUGCCAUCAUAGUUAUGAUAGCCAUCAAGACUACCACCAAGAGGGUUCGUCGUCUAAGACAGACAAAAUUUUAUUUGGGGACUCUGAAGAAACAACAGGGUUUACAGAUGAAGAAUGAAGAAAAGAAGAUAAAAAGGAAGGAAAAUAGCAAAAGGGAAUGGCCGGGACAAGAACAUUAGUAAACUCCCUUUUCUUUUAUAUGGUUUUGUUUUACUCAAUUUUAUUGAUUACUUGCAAUAAUAACCCUUCUGUUAUUCUAGCGCCACCUUCCGAAAAUGCUGAGAUUUGAUAUUUAAAACAACAUAACAAUGUUUAUGUUUUUAGAUAUUAAUGACUAAAGAAGCUUUAUCUGAGCAUGAGCAGGCCAUGGAAGGACUGCCCGGUUCUGAAAUCGAUGGUCAGUCCCAGGCAGUGAAGGAAUCAACCAUUGGUCAACUCUUGCUGAAGGGACUAGCAAAAUCAACUGUGAUGGGACUUUCAGCCUUUCUAAGAACGCUGUUGCAUUUGGAAAAGAAGGGAGAAUUAUCCUUCUGCCAAACUGGAUGUCCUGAAGGAGCUGAUGCAGGCUUGUGCUUUAGAUUUUCCAUCUUUGGAUUUGUUCUUCGAUCAUUCAUGGAGUCAGUGUAACCUGCACAAUUGAAAGUCUAACCAAAAUAAGAGUCUACAUGUAUGAAAUUACAAGUGGUAAAUCAAUAACAAACAAUAUAUAGUAUUCUUUUCACAUGAUUUGAGUCUCCAAUAAUUCCUUUUUAGUUUCCAUUGUCCUUAUUUUUUCAGCAAUUCCAAUUUCUUCUGUUUACAAUUCAGCCCAAUCUGCACAAAUCCUGCUAUUUUCUA